UUAGGCUAUGAAAAGGCCACUGCCAUCACAAUGGGUUAUCCAGUGACAAUUUAUACUUCACAUAAGGUGGUGGACCUUAUUGACAAAGGCAAAUGUGUGUUGACCCCAGCAAGGCAGUUAGCGUACUUUGCAUUUCUCUCUUACCCGGAUGUGACAAUAAAGCGCUGCACUACAGUGAACCCUGCAGACAGCAUUCCCCUGGAGGAUAAGGGCAGCCACAUGAGUGUGUGGCAGAGUCUUUGGUUUACACUAAACUGAGACCAGACUUGGAGAGCUCUCCCACUGAAAAUAGCGAGAUGGUUUUGUUUGUGGAUGGCUCAUGUUGGAGAGAUGGGGAUGCCUUGAAGGCUGGGUUUGCUGUAGUUCAGGCACAGGGUGAUGAUUUUCACACUCUCGUUUCAGAGCCAGUGGCACAACCGUGUUCCGCUCAAUUAGUGGAGAUAAAGGCUUUGACUGCAGCGUGCCGGCGAGGACAACAUAAGACGGUUACAAUCUACACAGACUCUGCAUACGCAAAUGAUGUAUGCCAUCUGUUUGGAGCAGUCUGGAAGCAAAGGGGGUUUCGCAAAAUUGACGGCUCCCCCAUUCAGCAUUAUAAUCAGAUUUUGGAGUUGCUACACGCAAUGAUGCGUCCCAAGCGUUUGGCUAUUGUUUAGUGUCAGGCCCACCGCAAAGGUCGUGAUUUUGUUAUUCAAGGCAAUGCGGCCUCUGAUGCGGCAGCCAGGGCGGCUGCACAGGUCAGGACUGCUCAUCUUUUGCCUAUGGUGACUAUAGGGCUGGACCUUACUGUUUCUGAUCUGGUGGCCCUGCAGGAGCGUGCGGGCCCCUAUGAGGCCUCAGUGUGGCUAAAAAGGGGGGCCUCUAAGGAUGCUAAUGGUCUGUAUAGCAACCAUGAGGGGCUUUUGGCCGCACCUCUGUCUUUGGUGAACAUUUUGAUAACGGAUGCGCAUGGUCUUGACCAUUGCACAAGGGGGAAGGUGUUUUUACACCGCAAGGUUUCUGGGCACCACAGCUGCAAGCAAUGGUGGAUACAAGGUUGUCAGAAUGUGAGGUGUGCAUUAAGAACAAUGUACGCAAAGCAAUCACAGCCCCAGUAGGGCACAUUCCAGUGCCGGAGGGACCGUUCAGACACUUGGUGAUGGACUAUGUGGACAUGGGAAAAACAGCAUAUGGAAAGCGAUAUAUGUGUGAUUGUGGACAGGUUCAGCAGACGGGUGGAGGCAAUACCGUCCAAGGACAUGGAGGCGAUGACAGUGGUGAAAUUCCUGAUCAGAGAGGUGAUUCCGAGGUUUGGGAUACCAACUGAAAUCAGCUCUGAUAAUGGAGCUGCAUUUGUGGGGAAAGUUACUAAGUUAGUGGUUCAACAGCUGAGAAUAAAACAAAGGUUGGGAUGUGUGUAUCACCCUCAGUUGCAGGGUAUGGUGGAGAGAGUGAAUGGCACACUUAAGCAGAAACUGAAUAAGAUUUGCGCCACCACGAAAAUGAACUGGGUAGAUGCACUGCCAACAGCCUUGAUGGCGUAUCGGAUGGAAACGCACAGGGUGACGCAUUUGUCUCCGCAUGAAAUGCUGACAGGGAGACCAAUGCCUGGAUCGACUUGGAGGGGGCCGUAUAAGGGACCCAGCCUAGAUCAGCUGGGGGAUGAAUUAAAGUUGUACAUGAGGACGUUAACCAAAAUACACAAAGCUAUUUCCAAACAGGAAAGGGAGAAAGCACAGAAAGAAGACACAGACCAGAAGGAGCCAGUCAUCUUUCCAGGAGAUAAAGUCUACCUGCGAGUGUUCCGGCGAAAGUGGCACGAGCCCCGACGAGAGGGACCCUUCAAGGUCUGGGGGCACAGCAGGACCACAGGUCAGUUCCUCUUGUUCGCUCCCUAGUGGGGAGAGCACUGUCCCGGCAGACGACUAUAGCUGCAAUGUCUAGAGUGGUGGGAGGACCGUUUGGAGCGGCAUCCUCCUGGACCAACACGGAAACGGAUGGCGACAUAGACACCUUGGAUGCAGUCCUGCCCAUAGCUGAAGUUCGGCCGUACCGUGUGUGAAUACUCCGGGCGGGAGACCUGCAGCAUGCCUGCCUCCCAUGACAUCUGGGAUUUUCUGAUUAUGACAGACUGUCCGUUAUAGUAGUAUGCAAUGUUAUUAGUUAACCUUUUACUUAUCUUUGUAUUAGAUAUAUCUGUUUUUGUAUUGAGUUUGUAAUAGAUUUUGUAGUCCUGCUAUACAUGCAAUAUAUUCAUGGGAGGUCAUUUUAUGGUGAUCCUCCCCUCCCUUCCUGAUGUACCCCCUGUGCUGCUGUUGGUUGAUUCUCAGUGUUAGUAGUUUGUGAGCCAUGCCUGCCAUGGACCCCG